CUGUUUUACUUGCUUUUUCCCUAUGUCCAUUUAAUGUUUUUAUUAAAUUCUGAUUUAUUUUUAAUUGUUUUGUGGUGUUUUGGUUAAUUCUGAUUUUUUGUUUUUGAUUUUGUUGUAAAUUCUGAUUUUUUUGUUUGCAGCUAAUUCUGAUUUUUGUGUUUUUUGUAAUUCUGAUUAAACAAGUGGGAAGACAAACAUUUGUAUUUUCAGUUCUAACUAGAAAAUUCUGAUUUUUUCUGCUAUGUUUUGUUUAUCUGAUGUUCGUUCAAUGUUUAAAUUAAAUUCUGAUUUGUUUUUAAAUGUUUUAAUUGUUUUCGGUUGUUUUGACGGGUGUUUUUGGAAUAUUCUGAUUUUUGUUAAUGUUUGUUUCUUCUCUAUUCUUUUCCUACAAACACUAUAA